AUGUUUACUGAGUCUAAUGCCAAGCUGAAGCUGGUACGGAGUCUGGCAGUAUGUGAGGAGUCCUCCGGUCCGUUCUCCACUGAUGGACCUCCAGAAUCGGAAAUUAUCCAGCUUCACAUCAGCUGUCCGUCAGACAAGGAGGAAGAGAAGUCCUCAAAGGACGAAUAUGAGAAUGAAGAGAAGGAGAAGAAGGACAAGGCUCCACGGAAGAUGUUGUCACGUGACUCCAGUCAGGAAUACACUGACUCCACGGGCAUCGAUGUCCAUGAGUUUCUGGUCAACACACUGAAGAACAAUCCCAGGGAUCGAAUGAUGCUGCUCAAACUAGAACAAGAUAUCCUGGAGUUCAUUAAUGACGACAAUAACCAGUAUAAGAAGUUUCCUCAGAUGACGUCCUAUCACCGCAUGCUGCUUCACCGCGUGGCGGCCUACUUCGGCAUGGACCACAACGUGGAUCAGACGGGAAAGGCUGUCAUCAUCAACAAGACUGGCAACACUCGCAUCCCAGAACAAAGAUUCUCUGAACACAUCAAAGAUGAACGUAACAUGGACUUCCAGAAGAAAUUCAUCCUGAAGAGAGAUGAUGCCAGCAUGGACAAGGAUGAUAAUCAGAUCCGUGUGCCGCUGCAGGACGGGCGACGUAGCAAGUCCAUUGAAGAGCGAGAGGAAGAGUAUCAGCGGGUACGAGAUAGGAUCUUUGCCCGAGAAUCCUCUCAAAAUGGAUACAUCAAUGACAACAGACUUUCCACUGAGGGCUACUGCUCUAGCUCUCAAAAGAGGAGGCAGAUCUUUAGAGGGAACCGUGAGAGCUCCAGCCGGGCGUCUAGCAGUCGUCAAAGCAGCACAGACAGUGACAUGAAGUGCCUGGAGCCACGGCCCUGGAGCAGCACCGACUCAGACAGCUCCAACCGCACCCUCCGGCCACCCGUCACCAAGGCUAGCAGCUUCUCUGGCAUCUCCAUCCUCACCAGAGGGGAUAGCCUUGGCAGCAACAAAGGCUCGCAGGGAAGCUGCAAAGGCUCUCGCUCUGGUCUGUCCCUAGUCAGUCCUGAUGUGUGUCCUCCGCCUGCAGCCUCCCAGUCUAGCCGUAGCCUUCUUCCCUGCCCGUCACAGCAGCCGCAGCCCCAGGUCCCGCCCCAGACCGCCCUGCUGCCCACCCCACAGCAGCACCCCAUGGGAAACCACAUGAUCGCUCAGCCGGUGGCCACUCUGCAGCCCUCUCAGCCUAUCUCCUACUCCAGCCCCUCCUGCCCCCAGGUUCUCCUGCCAGUGUCUCCUCCCCAGCAGUACACAAUGGGAGAAGAUCUGGUGCCACAGUUCACCCAGAUGACUCUGAGUCGGCAGGGCUCCAGUGAGAACCCUGAGCCCCCCCCCAUGUAUCAGCCUCCUCCCACGGUGCUGACCCAGCACCCGCCUCCUCAGACCGGCUACAUCAUGGCUACCACGGGUCAGCCUAUGGCGCCUCCGUCUGGCUAUCAGCCUGCCACUGGACACCCCCAUCCUCCACCUCCACCACCUCCUCCAUCCCAGACCGUCAUGCAGGCCCCGCCCCCCCCACAGGGCUACAUGCAGGCCCCUCCACCUCAACAGAUACAGGUGUCAUACUACCCUCCUGGUCAGUAUCCCAGCUCAGGCCAGCAGUACCGUGUGCCCCAGCCCAUCUCCCACCAGGUGUCUUAUCCUGCGCAGCGCACACAAGCCAUGCCUCAGCCCACACAGCAGUCAGGUCUCCAGACCAUGAUGCCCAGCCAGCAGCCGAGCUACCAGGGCAUGAUGGGAGUGCAGCAGCCCCAGAACCCCGGCCUGCUCAAUUCCCAGAGGGCCGGCAUGGGAGGACAGAUGCAGAGCAUAAUGGUUCAGUACCCGCAGAUGCCAUCAUAUCAGGUACCAGUGGGAAAUGAGAGCCAGCAGGUGGUGCAGCAGCAGUACCAGCAGCAGGUGAUGGUGCCGGUCAGCCAGUCGGUCCAGGGCCCCAUGCCCGUCUACUACAGUGUUAUCACCCCCACACAGCAGAGCAGCACAAGCCCGGCAGUCAGCUACCUGCAGCCCCCCAGCUCUGAGCAGUAUCAAAUCACUCAGUCGCCGUCCCCUUGCAACCCUCAACAGUUGCAGCAGCAAUAUUCAGGCGUUCCUCCUCCUGGGCCCGGGGUGAUGGUCAUGCAGCUCAGCGUCCCCAACGGACCGCAGCCUUCCCAGAACCCGCCCCUGGUCCAGUGGAACCCGUGCAAAUACUACAGCAUCGAGCAGAGGCCCAGCAAGCCGGGCGAGCUCUACAAACCAGACAACACUCCGCAGGCCAGCACCCAGCUGACGAGUCCCCUGGCCUCCCCCACUCAGUCUCCCACCCCGUCUCCCUCCGGCAGCGUCAGCAGCGUCUGUCCCGGCCUGGGACCACUACCCCUCAUUUCACAGUUCCCCCGGCCCGGAGGACCAGCUCAAGGUGAUGGGCGCUACUCCCUGCUGGGGCAGCCUCUCCAGUACAGCCUGUGCCCCCCCCUCAUGCAUGGCCAGUCCUCCUACAGCUCCCAUCAGGGCCAAGGAGUAAUGAAACACGGGGCACGAGGGAAAAAACAAACACUCAAAUCUCAAUCAACAGACCUCGGCACCACUGAUGUUGUGGUGAGUCGAGUCCUGGAGGUGACGGACCUGCCGGAGGGGAUCUCCCGACCGGAGGCUGAGAAGCUCUUCAACCAGCUGUCCAUGUGCGGUGCCAAGAUCCAGUGGCUGAAGGAGCCCCAGGGAGGCCGGGGAGGGGGCUGUGGCUCCUGUCCCGGGGGGGGGCCUGCAGGGCCGGGGGCUGCCGCCGGCCUCGGGCCCUGCAUGGGGGGGAAGGGAGUCGACCCGGCUCACCUCUACACCGUCGUGGCCGUGUUCCCCAGCACCAUGGCCGCCCAGAGUGCUUCCUUCAAACUUAACAACAGCGGAGCCAGCCUCUUCAAACUGAGGGCCGCCAGAAAGAACUAUGACCUGCGCGUGCUGGAGAGGGCCAGCUCUCAGUGAGGGGGGGAGAGGGGGAGGCAGGACAGAGUGGAAGAGACAGACAGAAAGAGAGACUCUUGGUGGAACAGGAAGGAGAACUGAGGCGGACUGCUCUUAUUGUACAAUUUAAAAACAAAACAAAAAAAGUGUACUUGAGUUUAAUGAUGUGUCAAAUGUAUAAAAGGGAAGAAGGUGUGAAUCAUGAGGUGGCUGGGGUUUGGUUGCAAAUUUGGUUUUGUUUUUAUUCAUUGUUUUUGUUUUGUAUUUAUAUAGCAGAUGAGCACACAAGAGAAUGUGCGCCGUGGAAUGUGCGCUGCCAUUAUACAGAAACACAUGAAACUCCACACACACAUACACACAUACACACACACACACACACACACACACACACACACAC